AGUGGUUAAUGUCACAAUUUGAUUUAUCAUGACCUAUGAGCCAAGCAUUUACGGGAAAGCUUUCAUUUACCAGACGCUCUUAUGUGUAGUUGUAAUUUCUUAUAGCUAGAUAGGUUGGUGUUGCCUCAAAGUCACAAUGCGGACAAUAUUACUGUUUGUUGUGUUGGUUUAUUUGUCUGGUGGUGUCAGAGGUGCUCUGCAAAGGAAAACUCAGCACCAGGAACCUCUACUGGAAAGGAACCAGCACCAGGAACCUCCUACUGGAAAGGAACCAGAAGCAGGAGCACCUACUGGAAAGGAAGCAGGAGCAGGAGCACCUACUGGAAAGGAAGCAGGAGCAUCUAAUGGAAAGGAACCAGAAGUGGGAAUAUCUACUGGAAAGAAACUACCACCAGCACCAGGACCAUCUACUGGAAAGGAACCAGAAGCAGGAGCAUCUACUGGAAAGGAACCAGAAGCAGGAGCAUCUACUGGAAAGGAACCAGAAGCAGGAGCACAUACUGGAAAGGAACCAGAAGCAGGAGCACCUACUGGAAAGAAACUGCCACCAGCACCAGGACCAUCUACUGGAAAGGAACCAGAAGCAGGAGCACCUACUGGAAAGGAACCAGAAGCAGGAGCAUAUACUGGAAAGAAACCUGAAGCGGGAGCACCUACUGGAAAGGAACCAGAAGCAAGACCAUCUACUGGAAAGGAACCAGACGUAGGAGCACCUACUGGAAAGGAACCAGAAGCAAGACCAUCUACUGGAAAGGAACAUGAAGCGGGAGCACCUACUGGAAAGGAACCAGAAGCAAGACCAUCUACUGAAAAGGAACCAGAAGCAGGAGUAUCUACUGGAAAGGAACCAGAAGCAGGAGCAUCUACUGGAAAGAAACUGCCACCAGCACCAUCUACUGGAAAGGAACCAGAAGCAGGAGCACCUACUGGAAAGGAAGCAGGAGCAUUUACUGGAAAGGAACCUGAAGCGGGAGCAUCUACUGGAAAUAAACUGCCACCAGCACCAAGACCAUCUACUGGAAAGGAACCAGAAGCAGGCGCAUCUACUGGAAAGGAACCAGAAGCAGGAGCAUCUACUGGAAAGGAACCAGAAGCAGGCGCAUCUACUGGAAAGGAACCAGAAGCAGGAGCAUCUACUGGAAAGGAACCUGAAGCGGGAGCACCUACUGGAAAGGAACCAGAAGCAAGACCAUCUACUGGAAAGGAACCUGAAGCGGGAGCACCUACUGGAAAGGAACCAGAAGCAAGACCAUCUACUGGAAAGGAACCAGACGUAGGAGCACCUACUGGAAAGGAACCAGAAGCAAGACCAUCUACUGGAAAGGAACCUGAAGCGGGAGCACCUACUGGAAAGGAACCAGAAGCAGGAGCACCUACUAGAAAGGAACCAGACGCAAUACCAUCUACUGAAAAGGAACCAGAAGCAGGAGCAUCUACUGGAAAGGAACCAGAAGCAGGAGCAUCUACUGGAAAGAAACUGCCACCAGCACCAUCUACUGGAAAGGAACCAGAAGCACCUACUGGAAAGGAAGCAGGAGCAUCUACUGGAAAGGAACCUGAAGCGGGAGCAUCUACUGGAAAUAAACUGCCACCAGCACCAAGACCAUCUACUGGAAAGGAACCAGAAGCAGGCGCACCUACUGGAAAGGAACCAGAAGCAGGAGCAUCUACUGGAAAGGAACCAGAAGCAGGAGCAUCUACUGGAAAUAAACUGCCACCAGCACCAUCUACUGGAAAGGAACCAGAAGCAGGAGCACCUACUGGAAAGGAAGCAGGAGUAUCUACUGGAAAGGAACCUGAAGCGGGAGCAUCUACUGGAAAUAAACUGCCACCAGCACCAAGACCAUCUACUGGAAAGGAACCAGAAGCAGGCGCACCUACUGGAAAGGAACCAGAAGCAGGAGCAUCUACUGGAAAGAAACUGCUACCAGCACCAAUACCAUCUACUGGAAAGGAACCAGAAGCAGGCGCACCUACUGGAAAGGAACCAGAAGCAGGAGCAUCUACUGGAAAGAAACCUGAAGCGGGAGCAUCUACUGGAAAUAAACUGCCACCAGCACCAAUACCAUCUACUGGAAAGGAACCAGAAGCAGGCGCACCUACUGGAAAGGAACUAGAAGCAAGAGCAUCUACUGGAAAGGAACCUGAAGCUGGAAAGUAUAACUUCCAUGGCCUGCGUGAUGAGGCAGAGAGCAGUCACUUCUUUGCUUACAUUGUGUGUACAACUGUGUUUGUGGCAGUGCUCUACAUUAGCUACCACAACAAGCAGAAGAUCAUAACCUUUUGCGUCGAUGGAAAGAGGUCGAGAUCGGGACACCGGCCCAAAACCACAGAGUACACUAAGCUGGAACAGAAUUAGUGAAGUUGCAUCACUGUCCUGCCAGAACUGUGGAGAUAGGUGUUAAUUAAAUAAGGCACCAAACUGGUUCAUGGUGAAAGAACACUUGCUUGGUUGAAUCAAUAUAUAUAUAUAUUUUUUUGGGGGGGUAGAUCAGCUUAAUA